AUGCGUGCCAACCUGCAAAUCGCUUUGGUAGCGGGCCGCAUACAACGAUUGGGCCUGGAGUUGGCCGCAGAGAAAACAGAGACAAUCUUAUUCUACGGCUCCAGAAAAAAGCCAGAAGAAUUCCUCUGCGUAAGAGUCCUGGACGAACUGGUCCAGACCAAAGAAACGAUGAAGUAUCUGGGCAUUCUCUUGGACAGCAGACUGACAUUCAGACACCACUUGGAAUAUGCUGCGGGCAAGGCGCUAAAAAUGGCAAGGGCACUGGGGCGCCUCAUGCCCAACCUCCGGGGGCCCCACGAGGCAAGGAGAAGACUUUACGCGACGAACGGUCUUCUGCUAGACGGCCACGCUGCUAGCACGAAUACCGCCAAUCUACAUAUUAGCAAGCGCGCAGCAAAAAUAUACCAAAGAAUACGGGAUCUGAAGAAGUCCGAACGCUGGACGCCUGAAGCGGAGGCCGAGAUAAGACAGGGAGAGAAAGCUCUAAUGACAAGGCAAUGGUGUGUUCACCUGCGGGGCAGAGGAUUGGCCGGUGCACGGGUACGUGAGGCCAUUGUACCCAGUCUGGAUGAUUGGCUCGGACGAAACCACGGUAGAAUGGUCUUCCACCUUACGCAAAUCAUUACCGGUCACGGCUGCUUUAAUGACUACCUAAACCGAAUCGCGUGGAUCAGCCAGCGAGAGGAAUUGCGAUCGGUGGUAGGGGAGGAUCUCUCCCUCCCGGCACUUGUACAAGCGAUAAUAAGGGACAAGAAGGGCUGGGACGCGGCUAAAUUCGCCAGCACGGUCAUGCGGGCGAAAGAGGAGAGCGAGAGGCAGCGACGGCUGGAGCGCAGACAAAGCACAACCGCCUGCAAGCCGCCAUCUCCAGGAACAAAGGAAGACUCCCCGAGGCCAUAA